GUCACUCGUGGUAAAGCAGAGGUCCAGCCUUCAUUGGUCUCUCCCUCGCGGACGUCUUCCUCCUGCAGUUGUUCGUGUAAAGUCGCUCCGCUAUGUUCAGACUCCACAUAUCUGUUGUUUUGACCAUUAUUGUUGUAUUCCAUGUCGUCGUCCGCACGGCAGAGGCUCAAGAUGCGACGCCUCCUCCCGCUCCGGCUCCUUGUAACCUGAAAUCCAACACCAGCUGUGAGGAAUGUCUACACAAUGUGGCAUGUUUGUGGUGCAUUCCUUCCAAAGCAUGCAUCGAGUACCCGGUGAAGAACAUCCUGCCCCCCAGCAGUGUUUGCCACCUGAAUGAUGCUCGAUGGGGGGUGUGCUGGCUCAACUUCCAGGCUCUGAUCAUCACAGCGUCGGUGUUGGCCGGUGUCAUCAUCAUUGCUGUUAUUGUUUGCUGCUGCUGUUGCUGCAAGUGUGAUAGAAUCGGGAACAGGAAAGAGGAUGCACGAGUGGAGAGGCAGAACCGAGCAAGGAAGGAGAACCAGAAAACCAGGAGAUCAGAGAUGCAGAUGAGACAUGAUGAAAUCAGGAAGAAAUAUGGCAUGGCAAAGAAUAAUCCGUAUAGUCGUAUGGCCGAAGACUGAGAAAAAUCUGUGAUAAUUUGCCAAGUAGAUCUUACUGCAAAGAAAAAGGCUGAUAGUUAAUCGUAAAACACACUGUAAUGAUCAGGAUGGAUUUUCAGAUUAAAAGAUUUUUUUUUUCUUAGAGUGAAUCUCUUUUAGUGAUUACUAAAUUAUUAUAAGGCUUUAGCUUGAAAAGAUUUUCUUUUUAACUCAUUUUGAUUUUUUUUUUCUCUUUGUUGAUAUUUUUUAAAAAAGUACAAGCACA